CUCAAGGCUCCCCUCCAUUUCCCAUCUUUCCUUUCGGUCCUUGAGCACGGGGCAACAAGGUCGUGAGAACGAGGUCUUGGUGAGGUGCAGCCAUUUCAUCCAUCCUCGGUCUGCGCCUUUCGCAGAGCUUCCAGCAGCGCUAUGUUGGGCCACAGCAUCCGGAGGUUCACAACCUCUGUGGUCCGUAGGAGCCACUAUGAGGAGGGCCCUGGGAAGAAUUUGCCAUUUUCAGUGGAAAACAAGUGGGCGUUACUAGUUAAGAUGUGUUUGUUCUUUGGAUCUGCAUUUUCUGUACCCUUCCUUGUAGUAAGACACCAACUGCUUAAACAAUAAGGAUGUUUCAGUUCGUCCAUUUACCAGAUAUGAAGAGCAUUUUAAGAGAUACAGCCUCUGGAAAUGGAUCAAACUCUAACUCAUGGCAUGCUAGAUAUGUUUUUCAAUAAACUUAUGACAUGAAUGCUUAAUGCCUCUUUUUUGAAAUAGGGAAUGUAAUACUUGGCCAUUUGCCUACUUUAUUAAUUUGGGUAACAUUCCAGUAUUACUCUGAGAUUUAGCUUAUUUAAUGGUGUUAAACUGAGGUUAUAUUAUUAAUUUUUUGAUUCCCAGGUCAGGAUUUUGUUGGUAAUUUAUGCAAUAAAAGGGAAAUA